CAGGGCAUGAACAGUCAGUACGUCCGCCGGGAGGUCUUCUGCGGCAACACCUGCCACGAGCUCAAGCGCUUCUGGGAGAGGGAGAUCGGCAAGCAGACGCGCUACCGCCAGUCGGAGGAGCAUCGGCUGGGAAGGAGCGCGCUGCGAAAACUCAGAGAAGAAUGGAAGCAGAGGCUGGAAACAAAGCUGAGGCUGCGGAACAGCUCCGACGAGACGGAAAAGCAGACAAGUGUCAGCUGA